GCUCCGAACGGUGCGGAACGCGAAACUGGUCUUGCUGCCUUGAAGGGGGGACCGGAACGGCAUUCCAGUCGGUUGAUUGGAGCAAUCCGCUGUUGUUAUAGUUGUUGUUUUCUCGGUUAUCUGGUACGAUUUUGCCGCCGCGGACGGGUGAUGGACUUUGACGUGGGGGUGGUUAUGGUCCACGGAGUUUUACGCAGGUGAAUCUGCCACCACUGUGCGAAACAAUUUGUUUGGGCAGGUCGACCGUUUUCCCGAGGGGUUCCUCAUUAGUGCGACUCGUGCGAAACUCGUUCACCGGGAGAUACGUGAUCGAAAUGAUGAUUUGCGUGAGGUUCAUUUUCGGCGAAACGUAGUGGCCUCGGUUCAGGUAUGGUCCCACUGUUCCGCAGUCCAACUGACAAGCGAGGAUCAACGAAAACAAUAUGUAUUAUUAACACGUCCCGAAGCAGUUAGUUUAAUCGUUAUAGUUGAUCCUGUUAUCGUAAAGUGAUACGGCGGAAAGUAGUUGAAGAAGAAGGAAUAAGUUUCGGAGUAUUGUUGUGCUUUGGGGAAAUGUUGCUUGCUGAGAUUAGCCGUGCGGGAAGAUGUGAACAUGUAGUUGAAGGAUUAAUUCUCAAUUUCGCUAUUUCCGUCACUCCCACCACAACACAGCCAAAGGAGCGGUAUCUGAUUUCGAGAAAUUCUUCCAGUCUAAAGAAUUAAGUGCUACUUGAACCAACGCUCCGGAAGUUGUGUGCUUACCAAACUGCCUGAACGACUGGAGUGAGGGGAAGUGGAAAGACGUUCUGAUGAUAGUUUAUGGUUCGGAUUAAGGAGUUAACGGAACCGGAUACGGCAGUAAGUGGGCCAAGUGCCGGCGAGUAUGUACAUCUAGACGAAAGUGAUUUUCCGGUCUCUGCCUAAGAAGAAGAACAAGUGAGUUUGCCGAUUGUGAACACGAAGGAAAACGGAGAUUCCGGCGCUGACAGCAGGUUUGCUGAAAGGAAGCAAAAGCAAAACAAAAAUCAAUCAUGAUGUCCAAUAAAGAUAAUUGUGUCUUUAUGAGCGCCAUAAUUGCUCUUCUGGUUGCGCACAUUUGCGCGGCCACCCCGGGCCUACGGAACCUGUCGCUGGUCAUCAAACCGCCCUGGGUUCGACGGGGCCAGGAAGCACAGCUUCACUGCCAGUACGAAAUGGAGGGCGCCCCGCUCUACUCCGUCAAGUGGUACCGGGGAACGCUGGAGUUCUACCGGUACUCGCCGUUCGAGAACCCCCCGGCAAAGAUAUUUCCCUUUACGGGGAUUAAAGUUGACAUGACGGUAUCGAACGCAACGCAUGUCACCCUGCGCAACGUGGGCUUCAAUCUGUCCGGAAACUUCACCUGCGAGGUAACGGCGGAUGCCCCCUCGUUCUACACCGGCGUAGCAACCAACUUCCUAACCGUUGUCGAACUACCGCAUUCGCCGCCCACCCUCUGGACGGAACACACAAAGUACGACCCGGGGGAUAUCCUGCGAGCCAACUGUUCGACACCGCCAUCGAAACCGGGUGCCACGGUCACUUUCCUGCUGAACAGUAUGACGGUCGGAACCGAGCCUACGAUGCUGCAUCCAACGCAUGACAGUCUGCACUGGGCGUCCAGGGAUCUCAACAUUCAGUUGCUACCAUCACACUAUUCCACUGGACAGCUGAUUCUGCGAUGUUUGGCCGAGGUAGGCACAAUCUACUCGGAAGUAUCACAGGCACCCCUCGAAAGCAGCCGAAAGGAACCUAUCCCCGAGCGAGUGACAUCUCCGAAUGGAUCGUCCUGGCCGCAGCCACUGUCCCACUGGUGCAGUGGACUCGUAAUGCUCGUAACGGUACUGCUGAGUUCAUCGUUGACCCGGCUGGAUCGGCGCCAUCUGCACCAUCAACCGCAUCGAACGGCAGGAUCGGCCGGUGCAAGAUAGUUCCAUCGGAUCGCCGAAGCCAAUUCCAGCAGCCGUACCGUAGCCGAAAAAAAUCGCAGGCCCUUGCCGGACCAUGGUUAUCUCUGUCCACUGUAACUUUCUCUUCUUCAGCACCGCGUGACUUUUGAAUCCACGCUUCAGAAAGCAAACUUAAAGAAAACUGCUUCAAGAGAAUGAAUCAAAAAUAUACGAAGGUGUAAAAAUAGGAAUAGAAAUCAUAAAUGUUCAGUUUUAUUUUUUUAUUUUUUCAGACCCCCGUUUCUUUCUCGCGCUCUUUGCCAUUGCCGAUGGAAUUAAACACAUACGAAGACGAAGACGCUGAACGUAGAAGGUUGUAGUUGUAUCGAUAUUAAGCUAGGAUAAUGAAGAUUUGUUAUUCAUGUUUAGCCCAAUGCCGUAUGCGAGUGUAUAGUUCGAAAUCUCAACUCACUAACGUCGAAAUUCAGGAGUUGUGCUACUAACUGGUUAGGUAUUUUUCUAUACUAAAUUCAUACAAUCAAUGCACUUCUACAUAAUUUUACAUUAAAAAAUCAGCAAAUUGUUUUCAAAAAUGAGGCCAUUUUUAUAACUUUUCGACAAAUCUCUCAAAUAAUUUCACUUAUAGAUUUUGUGAAAAUUUUUUAGAAGUGCUGUUAACAAUUAAAUUUGAAAAUCAAGAUCUUAUUUUUUUCAAUACUGGAAACAGUCUGAUAAAACGGCUAAUAAGAAAAUUCAGCGACAGCUCACCUGAUCUUUUGUUUAACAAUAAAUGGUGUCACAGUUUCGUCCGAAAUUGGAUUUUAAUAACAUAUAGUAACGAGACAAACUUCUGCACACGAACAUCCCGAACACGAAGUUGUUUGCAAAUACACAUGCAAACUGACAUUAUUAUUUUCACCGAUGCUCCCAGCAGCACGUACCGGAUGAAUUGAAGUUUCGUUUUUUUACCGCCAAUAUUGUGUAUCUGAUACGUGCUCCUCUCGAAUGUCAAAAGAAAAAUGUAAUUCGGAUAUGUGGAAAAAAAAACAAGGUAAAUGGAAAUCAGUAACAAAAAUCAGGAAAAUAAAUCUGCAAAUGUUUGUUCGAGGACUACAAUCUCAAUAAGUGUAAAAUUCAGAAGAAAAUCUUAAACGUGUGAACAAAGCAAAAUUCACAACCAAAAAAAACAAGGAAAUUAGUGUGCGAUUGAAUGUAGCCAACUACUUAAACGAUGUGACAACAGAAAAAGAUAGACACUCACUGGCAUAGAUAAGGAUUGUAUAUACAAUAAAUUAAACAUUUUUUGCUGCGAGUUGAGACAGAAAAUACUACCAAAGGUAAGAAAUCUAGUCAAUAUAUUGCUACUGCUAAAA